CUAUCUAAGGUAGAGAAAGUACGCUUGAUGAUUCCAAGCUUGCAAUUUGCAGUUCACUAUUCACAUGCUGUGAAAAUGUCAUCUGCCGGUCAAAGGUUAAACUCAGAUCAGAUUCUACUUCAACAGAAGGGAUAGGUUAACUCAUGUCUGUCAUGUAAUAGUUGAAGCAAGGAUUUUUUCUACUGGAAUGAAUGACCUUGCACUUCUCUUGGUUCAAUGGUAAUUGCCAUUUGAGAGAUCAUUCCAUGAGUCUUGUCAAGUCUGUCUGCAGGUCUUCGGCAUCAGCCUUAGAGUGAACUGGUGCAAAAAUGUUGAUAUCGUCUGCAAAGGGUGACCUUCCCCUUUAACUUCUGUAACUUGGAGUCUGGGAGCACCAUCAAAGGCGGCAGAGCUCCAACGUCUGAUAAGAGACAAUAAUCCCAAGGGUAAAAGAGAAAACAAGGUGUGAACAAUAUGUCUGAUCCAUCACUGGACCCCAUCAUGCCAUUGCCCUUAGACCAGGCACUUCUGAAAGAUAUACAGGACCAAGCCAGGGACUUUGCAUUAAGCCAUGGUGUGGUCAUGAGGAUGCCCCACCGACCAGAAAGGUCAGAGGUCAUCUGUCAUGCUCCCUACACACUCAUCCCUUCUCCAUUUCCAAGGGUGUUCUUUGAGAAGGCAAAGAGACUUCAGGUGGCCGUUAAUUUGCUUUUGUACAAAGUUAGUCAGAACAGAGAGUUCUUAACAAGAACGUUGUCAAGAACAAUAGAAGGGGAUGAUUUCACAGGCAGACUAUUCAAGAUAUAUCAACAAGUACAUGAGGAAAAGGCAACGAAAGAUAUUGAAUUGGGUCUGUUAAGAACAGAUUACAUGCUUGAUACUGCUAGGGGAGAGUCUGGUAAUUUAGCGCUUUCCAUGGUUGAAAUGAACACAAUAGCUGCUUCGUUUGCUGCCCUCGCUGGCAAUGUUGCAUCAUUACAUAGAUUUCUUCUAGGGUUAUGUCACAAAGAUUUUGAGCCUUCAUGUAUACCAGAUAAUCAAGCAAUUGAAGGUUUGGCUGAAGCCAUUGUCAAAGCAUUCCACCUCUAUGGUCAACCUAGUGCCUCAGUAGUGUUUAUCGUCACAUCCAAAGAACCCAACAUCUUUGAUCAAAGGUUCCUGGAAUAUGCAAUCACAAAGUGCGACCACAGGGUAAAGGUCAUCAGGAGAACACUGGGUGACAUCGGUCAAAGGGGUCAACUCACCAAGGACAGGAGGUUAUUCAUAGAUGGUUCAGAGGUUGGAGUUUUGUACUACCGAUCAUGCUAUGUCCCCACUCAUUUUCAUUCAGAAUAUGAAUGGAAUGGCAAGCUGAUGGGAGAACGGUCUAGAGCUGUGGUCUGUCCGUCAAUCUCUUGGCAUCUCGUUGGAACUAAGAAGGUCCAGCAGGAACUGGCCAAGCCGGGUGUCCUAGAACAGUUUGUCGAUGACAAGGAGAUGGCAGAUUUCAUUAGGUCCUCGUUUGCAGGCCAGUACACAUUGGAUCUGACACCAGAGGGUGAUGAAGCUGCCCUCAGAGGGAUUGAAAACCCAAAGAAAUAUGUCAUGAAACCACAACGAGAGGGCGGAGGUAAUAACAUCUAUGAUGACGAGGUGCGCACCAUGCUUGAAAAGUUGGCCGGCCAACAAGAGAGGGAGGGCUAUAUCUUGAUGGAUCGCAUCCUACCCCCCAUCCAUCAGAACUACCUGCAGCCAUGUGGGGGAUUCGACGACAUCAAACUCUCAAAGGUCAUGAGUGAGCUUGGAAUAUUUGGAACGUUCAUAAGUCAUAACGGUGAUGUUGUGCUGAAUGAGAGCAAGGGUCAUCUCCUUCGGACCAAGAGCACCGAUGAGAAUGAAGGGGGCGUGGCUUCAGGAUCAUCCUGUAUAGACAGUCCUUUCUUAACUUGAUGCUCGAUGGUCACCUAGAUUAUCCAGGUUCCUGUUCAGUAUUUCUUGAUGGUCACACGAUUCGUUCACCAAAAUCACAUUGAAUCAUAAGUAUAUAGCACGUGUGUAUUGCAUUUCAUUUAAUUUCUCCGACCUGAAAUUGAACAAAUUUUUCACCCAGUCAUUAUUCAGGGGUACUCCAGGCUGAAAAUAAUAUGAUUUGAAGAGAUGAAUAAAAACCAGACAAUCAAAACAUUAAAAAAAUGUUCAAAAUU